CCUCAACCUCAGGCGACGAAUGGAUGGACGGAGGGCUACAGGCAAGGCCCGCGAUGCAUGCACCGCGGAGCCCGCUCGCUCACUGAUUGGGGAUUUCCAGUCACGCUGCAUAUUGUCUCACCCUCUCACUGACGCCAAUUGGAAUGGCGAGCAGCGGGAGCCCGGGAUCCGUCUCGUCGACGCCAGCCACGCGCUUUGCUAGUUCUGCGCUCCCUGACCCUCUUCUUGCCCUCCCUCCCCGAGCUUUUGACCUGACGCUGCCCGACAGCUGCGAAAACGGACACCGGCCUUUUCUCCAACCUACAAGCAGCCAUGGCGACCCCAACAUCAAUCCCGCAGCCCCCCGGCAUCCCGUUAGUAGGCAACCUCCUCGAUGUCGACCCGAGCAAUACCUGGUGGUCGCUGAAGAAGCUGGCCGAGAGAUACGGCGAGAUCUUCCAAAUCAAGGUCCUGGGCCACACAAUCGUCUUUGUGGCCAGCGUCGCAUUGGCCGAAGAGAUAUGCGACGAGAAGCGCUUCCGCAAGUUUGUCGGCGGGCCUAUCGUCCAGAUCCGAGACACGGUCCACGACUCGCUCUUCACGGCGUACGACAACGAGGAGAGCUGGGGCAUCGCGCACCGCAUCGUCGCCCCGCUGCUAUCGACACAGUCAAUCGCAACACGUCUGGACGAGGUGAUCCAAUGCACCGACGAGCUCAUCGCGAAGUGGAAGGGGCUCGGGGCCAACCGCCAGACGCAGCCGCUGACCGACCUGAACAGCCUCAACCUCGAAGCCACGACGCUCACACUGUUCGGAAAGAAGCUCGACAGCAUCAACGGGCCGCCGCAUCCCGUGAUUGGCGCUAUGGAAGAUGCUACGUCCGAGGCUAUGAAGCGGCCGAACCGGCCCAGGCUCCUCAACUGGCUCGUGUACGGCGGGAAGUGGAAGAAGUCGGCCAAGACCCUGCGCGCCUACGGGGCUGAGCUGGUCGAGCACCGCAAGAGGAACCCCACCGACCGCCACGACCUGCUGUGGGCGCUGCUGAACGGCACCGACCCCGAGUCGGGCAAGGCGCUGACCGAGUCGCAGGUCAUCGACGAGAUCGUGACCAUGCCCAUCGGCAGCAGCACGGCGCCGUGUGCCAUCGCCGCCGGCAUCUUGUUCCUCACGCAGAACCCCGACGUCGUGGUCAAGGCGCGCGCCGAGCUCGACGCCGUCGUCGGCGACGGGCCGCUGAAGCCCGAGCACCUGUCGGAGCUGCCCUACAUCACGGCCGUCGUGCGCGAGACGCUACGGCUGUCGUUCGCCGCGCCCGGCUUCAACAUCGAGCCGAUCCCCAAGAAGGGCGACGACAGCCCCGUGCUGCUCGCCGGCGGCAAGUACCGGGUGGCGCACAGCCAGGCCAUGAUCAUCGUGCUCGCCGGCGUGAACCGCGACCCGGCCGUGUUCGAAGAUCCGCUGGCCUUCCGGCCGGAGCGCAUGCUGGGCGACGCCUUUGCGGCCCUGCCGGCCGGGGCGAAGAAGUGGUUCGGCAACGGCAAGCGCGAGUGCAUCGGCAAGCACUGGGCAUGGGAUUUUUUGGUCGUUGUCACGGCUAAGCUGAUCAAGGACCUCGACUUUGAGGCGGCUGAUCCCGCCUACGAGCUGAAGCAGGACGGCUGGUUCAAUGUUCGCCCGAUCGACUUCUCGGUCAAGACCUCUUUCGUCGCCAUCUUCGCUGCCGUCUUCUCCGUCGCCUCGGCCGUGACCAUCUCGCUGCCCUCGGGCGUCUCCAUCCCCUCGGGCGUCACCCUGCCUUCGCAGGUGACUCUUGUCAGCGCCACGCCGACCUCAACAGCCGCGGCUGCCAACGGCAACGACAAGCGCCAGCAGAGCGCCACCCGCUCUUUCGGCAUUCGCCAGAACUUCAACUUUGGCCAGCAGACUUCGUCCAGCGGCGCCCAGAAGACUGCCCGCGCCAAUGCCGAUGACAACUAA